ACCUCAUGUAAUCUGAUCCUUCAAUUGACAAUUGAACUUGAACUUGUUCUCUGAUUCUUUUGUUUUCCAUUUAUUUUCAACAACUAAACACCUUCACACCAAAAUGUCCUCCUGCAUCUUCUGUCGCAUCAUCAAGGGUGAUAUCCCCUCUUUCAAGCUAUUUGAGAGCGACAAGACUCUCGCUUUCCUUGAUAUUGGUCCUCUCAGCAAGGGCCACGCUCUUGUCAUUCCCAAGCACCACGGUGCUAAGUUGGCCGAUAUUCCUGACGAUCACCUCACCGAGAUUCUGCCUGUUGUCAAGAAGAUUGUCAACGCGACUGGUGCCACCGAUUACAAUAUCCUCCAGAACAAUGGCCGCAUUGCUCAUCAAGAAGUUGACCAUGUUCACUUCCAUAUGAUCCCUAAGCCUAACGAGACCGAGGGCCUCGGCGUCAAAUGGCCUACAAAGCCUGCUGAUAUGGAGCAGCUCAAGGCUUACUGCGAGGAGCUCAAGGCCAAGAUCUAAAGAGCUUCGAUAUACGCAUAUGCGAUAGUGUCCGAUUGGGAGAUUGGGGAACUGGUUCAUGAAGAGCCCUUCUAGUAUUAUUGUCCGGUUACCAGGUACCAUCCUGCGCCCGCCAAAUCAACCUGAUUAUCUACAAUCCAAGUCCCUUUUGUGCUUCAUACGUCUCGUCUAGUCUAGGUCAUCAGCAGAAGUGCUGGCUCCCGCAGCCGCCAGUGGCUUGAGCGAGUACCAGUCAGUCUUGCCAUCGCUCUGUAUCGCACCCUGUCUGUCGUAGAGUGUUCGUGCUCGGAUGUAUGGGUCGAGAUUCCAGUAAUCCUCCCUGAGAAGUUUGGCAAUCUUCUCUCGCUCAGCCUUGAGUUGUUUGCCCUGCUCACCAUCAGGAUGACGGAUCCAUUCCCUAGUUGUAUGCUCGAAUUUCUUGACCAACUCUUCACGGUCAGUCAAAAGACGAUCCCGGGUUUGCGUAUCCUUCAUCUUAUCAUUUUCGCCAGCAAUAGGCUCGAUGUACUUGUACUCCCAGUUCUCAUCGCCUUCAAGCUCCU